AUGGAUUUUAGAAAUAUGAUUUCGCAGACUCCUACGGGAAAAUAACUGUCGGAAUAUCAGCUAAAUUUGCUGAGUAAAAACAAUAUAGAAACCCUGUUCGAUUUCCACGAGACUACCGAAAAGAAACUCCACGAAUUGUUGGCCAUCCCAAAGGAGUCUGUGCUGGAAAUUAAGAAGGAGCUGGCGGAACUUUGGCUGAGGCAAUCACAGGAGGAGGGCCCUCCUGAAGUGGAGUAUGGCACGGGCAUUGAAGAAUUGGACAAGUUGCUGGACUUCGUGGAUCAGCCAUUCAAGAGCGGCCGUAUCUGGGAGCUGUGCGGCCACCCAGGAACGGGCAAGACCCUAUUUAUGUACACCCUAGCGCUGAAUUUUGUGUGGAAACAUUCCCAGCAAGUACUCUUCAUCGAUACCAAGAGCGAUUUCUCUUGCAAAAGAAUACAGGACUUGCUGCUGGCCAGAAAUUGGGAUGCGGCCACUUGUGAGAGAGUCAUGCGGGCGAUUCACGUUGUCCAAGCUCCCACCGAUACGGUUUUAAUUGAUGUGCUAAAGACCCUCGAUGAGCAAGUGACCGCCCAGGUUGAUGAGGCCCUGAAAACUAAGUUGGUUGUAAUUGAUUCCCUGGUGCCUUGCUACGUCCACUAUCGCGGCGAUGAGAUGUUCAAGGUCAGGCAAGCCUUGCUGACGGAGCUGGCCUGUAGAAUUCAUAGGCUAGCAGCUCGUGGCUUGGCCUCUGUCAUCGGCAACGUGUCUUUCCCUAGCGAGGAUAAAGAUGAUUGUAUGGAUGUUUCUGUGGAUUUUCCCACUCAAAAUAAACAAGAUCAAAGGCUUAAUUGUGGUUGA